AUGCGUUUUCUUCACCUCCUCACCCUGGCGCCCCUGGCGCUGGCCGCAUCCAUUCCCAAGGCCCGUAUCCCGACCUACUCCCAAAACGUCAUCUUCAGCCCACCGGAGAACUACACGAUUCCGCGGACGCUGUACGCGCGCAACGAGCAAUUGCCUAACGGUGAUCUGCUCGCCACAUGGGAGAACUACUCGCCUGAGCCGCCGGCCGUGUACUUCCCCAUCUACCGGUCUAAGGACCACGGACAGACGUGGAAGGAGAUCUCGCGGGUCCACGAUACGGCUAAUGGAUUGGGACUGCGAUACCAACCUUUCUUGUACUAUCUGCCGGAGCGCGUGGGGAAGUACAAGAAGGGUACGUUGCUGUUGGCGGGAAGUAGCAUCCCGACGGAUCUGUCGUCGACACAGAUCGAUCUGUAUGCGUCUCGGGACUCGGGCAAGACCUGGGAGUUCCUGAGCCAUAUCGCAGCGGGUGGAGAAGCGGUGCCGAAUAAUGGGUUGACGCCGGUGUGGGAGCCGUUCCUUUUGGCGCACAAGGGCAAAUUGAUCGCCUACUAUGCCGAUCAAAGGGCCAACGAGACUCAUGGUCAGAAAAUGUCCCACCAGACGACGACGGACCUCAAGAACUGGAGUGCUCCUAAGGAUGAUGUCUCCUACCCGACCUACACCGACCGACCUGGCAUGCCUGUCGUAACCAAGCUCCCUAACGGCAAAUACAUGUUCGUUUACGAAUACGGCUCCUUCUUCAACACCUCCUCCUACUCCUUCCCCAUCUACUACCGCAUCUCCGCCGACCCAGAGGACUUCGACUCGGCGCCGCACCAGCGUCUGGUCGUUUCUAGCGGCACAGUGCCGACCUCCUCGCCGUACGUCGUCUGGACCCCCUACGGCGGCAAGCACGGUACGAUCAUCGUCAGCGCGGGCACCCAGGACUCGAUCUUCAUCAACCAGAAUCUGGGAGAGGGCGAGUGGACGGAGAUUGCCACGCCGGAGGGACACAGCUACACGAGGUCGUUGAGAGUGUUGCGGGAGGAUCCGUCCAAGCUGCUUCUUCAUGGGGGAGGUGUGUUGCUGGGCGAGACGAACAAGGUGACGGUUAGUUUGAUGGACUUGAAGAAGGCUUUUUGA